AUGGCAAGUAAAUGCUAUACCUUAGUGUAUGGAUUGACGGGAUCAGGAAAAAGCUCAUUACUAAAUGUUUUGUGUGGUAUGGAUUUUACUUCUAAAAAUAAAAAGCUUGCUUUCAAUAAAACAAUCUUUGAUGUUUCAGCAGAUUAAAAAUCAUUAACAUAAAACUAUCAAGAGGAAUCCUUGAAUAAUAUAAAUAUCAAUUUUGUGGAUACACCUGGAUGCAAAGACACUGAUAUUUUAUAGAGGAUAAAUAAUCUUUAUAAAUUACACUCAUACUUUAAGGCAGAGGAUAACCUACAAAAAUAAUUUAAGUUCAUAUUUUUGAUCAGUGAACCAGAAAUAGUUGCAAUAAGAGGCUAAGAAAUUCGUAUCCUAAUGGAUGAAUUAUUUCAAUUAUUCAAAAAUAUUGAAAGUUUUUAAGAUUCUGCCCUUGUUGUAUUCUCAAAAGUUCGUCCAUAUUCAUUAGAUUCAGAAGAUUAUUAAGAAUAAAUUUAAUAAUUGAGAGAAGAUUUUCUGAAAAUUUUGACUGAUAACUAAAACGAUUAAAGGAGCAAAAAGAUUUUAUAAUUCUUCGAAUCAAUUUCUGAAUAGAAUUUUUUAACUUUUUCAAAUCCUCAUACUACAAAAGAAUGUAAUAUUGUAAAAACUGAGAGAGAUGCUAUUCUUCAUAUUUUGAAAGACAAAAUUCAAUCUGUUAACAAAAUAGAAUUAAAUACUGAACACAAACUGGAUCAUUAAGUGAAAGGAUUUAUGAAAUAAAAAUUUGAUCAAUUUUAACAAUUGAAAAAUGAAACAAAUAAACUGAUUUUUGAUUAUUUAGUUAAAGAAGUAAUUGAAGAAGCUGAGAAUAAACAAGAAUUAAAAACUCAACAGCUGAAGCAGAUAAAAUAAGAAAUUUAAGAAUUUAAAUGUUAUAAGGAUUGGCUUGAAAAAAUAAAUUGUUGUCCUCAGAAAAGAAAGGAAUUAGAGGAACUCUAUGACAAUUUACUAAAAUAUAACACUAUUGAGAUAUGUCCUAAAGAAAAAUUUAAUUUAAAUGAUGAGAUUAAAUUUAUUGAUCAAAUAACAAAUUAAAUUUUUAAAUAACUUGAUGGAUAGACUUUAACCUUGAAAGCAUUUUAUUUACACAGCUCUGAAAUGGAUGUAAUUCUUAAAAAUUACAGCAACUCUAACUUAAAAAAAUUAAUAAUAAUCGUAGAGCAUGCAUUUAUUUUUGAUUCAAAGUUAUUUUCUUUUCAUGGAGGGUAGUUAGCUUUGAGAUGCAAAAAAUUUAUCAUCUCCGAGUUUGCUCAAAAGAUAGACUUAUCAGGACAGAGGAAUAAUGAUAUCAAUUAUCAAUUUAAAUAAAAUUCUGCAAAAAAUGGUGAGGAUGGGAGAGAUCAGUAAAAUGGGGAAGACGGAGAAGACGGUUUACCUGGAAAUCCUGGUGAAAAUGGAGGUUACUUUUUAAUGUCUAUUGAAAAUAUCUCAGGAAUAAUCUCUAAAAAUAAUAACAUUUUAUAAGUAGAUGUAAGUGGAGGUUAAGGAUAUGAUGGCUAAAAUGGAGGUAAUGGUGGAAAAGGAGGAAAAGGAUAAAAUGGUGAUUUGGAAGGUAUUUAAUAGAGAAACCAAUCCUAUUUGAAAUAUGUAGCAGAUGAAACAGGAAUUCUUAAAAAUGUUCUUUCAUUAAACAAACAAUAUGCGUUUUUUUAUGAAUCUUAAGGUUAAAAAGGAUUUAAUGGAGGGAAUGGUGGAAAAGGAGGAUCUGGUGGUUUUUAAGGAAAUCAUGGAGGUUUUAAGAUUGUUUCUUGGAAUGAGAACUAAAUUCACAGCUCCCUUAUCCAAGAAAUAAAAAGGGUGGAACUUAAAGGAAUAGAUGGUAAAUGUGGUCAAGCUGGAUAUGGAGGAGAAGGGGGAGAAAAUGCUAAUGGAAUUUAUAAAGAUGAAUUUAUUUGUCCCAGAUUAAGAGGAAUUGCAUCAAAAAUGAGUGAAUUUAAAUAAAAUAAAACAAAUGAUUUUAUUGAUAAAUUAAAAGAAUAUGAAGGCACUGCAGCAAACUAUUAUGUUAACGGAGCUAUAGCAAUUACUAGUUUAGCUUCUGGAGAAGCUGCAGUUUCAGCAGGUAUAGUGACAUUAGCAAGAUUUAUUGCCUUGCCAGUUGGUAUAACUCUAUCUACCGUUCAAGGAUUAGUGAGUACAUAUAUGGCUAUGAAUGGUAAUGGAUUUAUAGAUGGACCUCAAUUCCGUGGUAGAGCAGAAAAUGGAGACAAAGGAAUUUAAAAUUAGUCCCUCAAUAUAAAAAAUCUGAAAUAUCCUGAUAAAACAAACUUUAGCUUUAGAGAACUAAUAAAGCAUGUGUAAUAAUCAUAAUGA